UUUUAUAUUGUAUACGUGAUGCAUAAUAUUUUAACGAAAGUAAAUGGUUUGUUUUAGCCCGGUCUCGGGAGUUCCCCAGUAAAAACAAAUGUAUUACACUACACUAUUUAUUUUUUUGUGGAACUUUUGGCGAUUGCUUUCGUAUUUGAUGGAGGGACGCCUUACCGUGUUGCACCGAAGCCGGAAGCCGGAAGCUGUUAGAUUUGUUGAGGAAAAUGUCGUAGCUCACACGGAUGAAUGGAUUCUGUGAAACACUGAGGUGCCUUUGUUUACAUCUGUCCACCAUGACAUGAACGUUUAAUCUCACUCCUCGCUCCCGCUGAUCACCAUGGCAACAAGGAUGAAGCUGAAGCUAAAGACUGUGUUUGUGCUCUACUUCAUGGUCUCGCUCCUGGGCCUCAUCUAUGCACUGAUGCAGCUUGGUCAACGCUGUGACUGCACAGAACAUGACUUGCCCAAAGACCGUACCAUAUCCCGGCUCCGGGGGGAGCUGCACCGUCUUCAGGAACAGAUGAGGAAGUCUGAAGCUACUAAACAACCCCUAAAACAGGCCGCCAAGCUCUCUCCGCCGACAAUCUUUGUCAUCACCCCGACUUAUGCAAGGCUGGUGCAGAAGGCAGAGCUGACCCGUUUGUCCCAGACAUUUCUCCAUGUUCCUCAGCUCCACUGGAUUGUGGUGGAAGACUCGCCUCAUAAAACACCUCUGGUGACUGACCUCCUGGUGAAGAGCGGCCUGACCUACACACACUUACACAUGCCCACGGCCAAGGACCGCAAACUGCAGGAGGGUGAUCCCAACUGGCUGAAGCCUCGUGGAGUCGAACAGAGGAAUGAGGGUCUACGGUGGCUCAGAGAGGACAGAAGGGCUCAGCCAGGUGGAGACACCCAGGAGGGGGUGAUUUACUUUGCUGACGAUGAUAACACAUACAGCUUGCAAGUAUUUGAAGAGAUGAGGAGUACCCAGCGAGUGUCUGUGUGGCCUGUGGGGCUGGUUGGAGGGAUGAAAUACGAGAAGCCGGUGGUUGAAGGAGGAAAGGUGGUUCGCUUCCACACCGGCUGGCGUCCUAGUCGUCCUUUCCCGAUGGACAUGGCCGGAUUUGCCGUGUCCCUCAAACUGGUCAUGGCCAAUCCAGAGGCGUGUUUUGAUGGAGAGGCACCCAUGGGCUUCUUAGAAAGCAGCCUUCUUCAGGGAUUGGUUACCAUGGACGAACUGGAGCCCAAAGCAGACAAUUGCUCAAAAGUGCUGGUGUGGCACACAAGGACGGAGAAGCCGAAAAUGAAGAGAGAGGAAGCUCUACAGGCUCAGGGAAUUGGUUCAGACCCUGCUGUGGAGGUCUGAGGAAUACACACACACACACACACACACACACAGACACACACCACAUGUAUUGAAAAUCAUAUUCUGCUGUUAAAUGCUGCAUAUUAUGCAACUUUACCUUGUGCAUUCUGUAAAACAAAAAUAUCUGACAUCUAAAUAGAUUUUUUUUUCUGUCAUGUAGUAAAUGUGUGAGUCUGUGUACAUACUGAGUGUGUGUUGUAACUGUACUGACGAUGCUUGUGUACAUAUACAUAUAUUUAUAUAUAUAAGGUUUUUUGUUGUUUUAGCAGUACAGAGAACAAGUUCAAAUAGUUGCCUGAUGGGGGCAGCAGUUGUACAUUUUUUCUUGCAGAGCUAUGCAGCUGUACCACCAGUCUGCUUAAAGGUUCAGUGUGUAAAAUGUUAGGUUCCACUUCAAGUUCUUUCAUUCAAGUUCCCCAGAAUAAUGAGCCUUUUAUUUUUUAUUUUUUUAUAUCAGAAGCCAGGUCAGGUUUAGAGAGGACAUCAUGAUUUGCAGUAGCCCACAGUGGACAAGCUAACUGAAGGCUACAUAAGUUCUCCAACACACUUGUGACGUGAGGAAUAUUCAGCUGCAACUUCACCAAUAAAUGUUUCUAAAUUUUACACAUUGUACCUUUUUAAAUAGGAGGAAUAGGCCGUGUCAUUACAGUCUUGGAUAUAGUUGUACAUAUAGUGAAAAAAGGAAAUUCUGAAGUAUUGCAUGUGACACCAUAUCAUACUUGAGCUCCUGCUGCUCCUGCUGCUCCUCCUGCUGCUCCUGCUGCUUGUAUCUGCUCAGGUCUCAGCUUCAUCUUGUCAGAGUUACCAUGGAGCACUUCCUUCAUGCAUGGCCUCUACUGUUAUGAGAUGAGUAUCUGUAAAGUCCAUAUUCAGCCAUUUAGAUUCUAGUGUCACCACAUUACACAAUCAGAAGCAUGGAAAAAGUAUAAUCGCACCAAGGUGCUUUUUUGUUUUUCGUUGUAAACAAUUUGCAUAACAAAAACAGCAGCUGCACAAACAAAACAAGGAACAAAUCCCGAGUAAUUAGUCACUGCCUUGUUUUCUUUCUGAUGCUCUCAUACACCUGUUACAAACACGAUGCCGCAAUGCAGACAGGGCAACGAUCCCACACCCAGUGCAGCGUCAGUGUUACCGCUGUUGUGUCAUGUAAUAGUUUCAUAGCAUAGCCGUGCGUUUGAACAUGGUUUCAGCGUAAACACAGACGUGUAUGUGUGCGUGUGUGUGUGUGUGUGCACAUUCCGUGAUGCUUUUUGGGUUCAUACCGGUCGCGGAGUCCAUUUUAGGACAGCACCGCCGAUGCUUACAUGAAUACUUCAUGCAAUAAGGGAACAGAAAACAUGCUGUCCGUGUUAUAUUUACACAGAGGAAAAACACUUGAAUUAGCCUUUAAUGGCCUCGCAGUAUUUCAAGACUAUAUUUGAAAAGCAAAGCUUUAAAUAUAAAUUAAACUGUUCUGUGAGCCCUUGAUUAUCUGUCAUGAUUUUAAAAAAUAAAAAUGAAUUGCUACUCAUUGACUGUUGUAUGAUACUGUAAAAACAGCUGGUGCCUGCUUAUGUAUAUUUAGUGGCCGUACGUCACUUCUCUACUGGUGUAUAAUGUAUUUAUUAUUACUGUAAUGUUGUUCAGAUUGUAUUAUGUGAUCCUGUCUGUCCCUGGUCUUGAGAAUAAACAAGUUCAAGUGA